UGAAGCUGCCGCCGGCCACCCUGCCUCCCAGGUCACAUGAUCAUAAGGUAUAUAAACCGGCCCGGAGAUCCCGUCUGCUCCGAGUGCUGACUUGUAAACCCAGGAGACCGGGGACACCUUCGCCAGUCGCUGCUCCUGUUAAUUCCAAGCAAACAUGAGGGAAUGCAUCAGCGUACACGUGGGCCAGGCGGGCGUGCAGAUGGGCAACGCCUGCUGGGAGCUCUACUGCCUCGAGCACGGCAUCCAGCCCGACGGCACCAUGCCCUCCGACAAGUACGCCGGGGGCGGCGAUGACUCUUUCAACACCUUCUUCAACGAGACCGGGGCGGGCAAACACGUCCCAAGGGCGGUCUUCGUAGAUCUGGAGCCUUCUGUAGUCGACGAGGUCAGGAUAGGCGUGUACCGCUGGCUCUUCCAUCCAGAACAGUUGAUCACGGGCAAGGAGGACGCUGCUAACAAUUAUGCGCGUGGCCACUACACCAUCGGAAAGGAGAUCGUCGAUUUGGUGCUGGAUCGCAUUCGAAAGCUCGCCGAUCAGUGCACAGGGUUGCAGGGCUUCCUAAUCUUCCAUUCCUUCGGCGGUGGAACCGGAUCAGGAUUCACAUCCCUGUUGAUGGAACGUCUCUCAGUCGACUACGGCAAAAAGAGCAAGCUCGAAUUCGCCAUCUAUCCUGCCCCUCAGGUCGCGACGGCCGUCGUAGAACCCUACAACUCGAUCCUGACCACCCACACCACCCUCGAGCACUCGGACUGCGCCUUCAUGGUAGACAACGAAGCCAUCUACGACAUCUGCCGGAGAAACCUAGACAUCGAAAGGCCCACCUACACCAACCUGAACCGUCUCAUCGGCCAGAUCGUGUCCUCCAUCACCGCCUCCCUCAGGUUCGACGGCGCUCUGAACGUCGACCUGACCGAAUUCCAGACCAAUUUGGUUCCCUAUCCUCGCAUCCACUUCCCCCUCGUCACCUACGCCCCGGUCAUCUCGGCAGAAAAGGCCUACCACGAGCAGCUCUCCGUGGCUGAAAUCACCAACGCCUGCUUCGAGCCAGCUAACCAGAUGGUCAAGUGUGACCCCCGCCACGGCAAGUACAUGGCGUGCUGUCUGCUCUUCAGAGGGGACGUCGUGCCCAAAGACGUGAACGCGGCCAUAGCGUCCAUCAAGACCAAGAGGACCAUCCAGUUUGUCGACUGGUGUCCCACGGGGUUCAAAGUGGGCAUCAACUAUCAGCCCCCUACCUCUGUUCCUGGGGGAGACUUGGCGAAGGUAUCAAGAGCUGUAUGUAUGCUGUCCAACACCACUGCCAUCGCUGAGGCCUGGGCACGACUCGACCACAAGUUCGACCUGAUGUAUGCCAAGAGAGCCUUCGUCCACUGGUACGUGGGAGAAGGUAUGGAAGAAGGAGAGUUCACAGAAGCCCGGGAGGACUUGGCUGCUUUGGAGAAAGAUUACGAAGAAGUUGGCAUGGACUCCGUAGAGGACGAGGGCGCUGACAACGAAUAUUAGGAAUAUCGAAGUUGUUGUUCAAUCUCCGUUGAAUCAUAUCUGAGAACUGCCAUGAUUAGAUAUGAACUGAGUAGACCUAAUCCUCCCAAACUCAGUUUCUCAUAUUUUUUUAUAUGCUCAUAAAAGUGCCAAGAGAGUUCAUUAUUUUUACAGAAUCCGUUAAAGAGGACUAUAUUAUUCUUCAAAUAUUUCUAAAGGAAUGGAAAAGGGAUCCUGAAUCUAAAAUUCAAUAUCAGUAUUGCUAAAUGAUGCUUCUGAUGUGCUUUGCAUUAGACUGAUUUCCCCGCCACAGUCAAUACGCUUUGGAAACCAGGGAGCUUUUGUGUUUAUUAAGUAAGCUGAAGGUGACUUUGAUCAGUAAGGAAGAGAAUAUUACCUGAAGAAAUCUUAAGCAAGGGUAUCCCCGAUACUUUCAAAAGGAAACUGCAGCCUUGUCGACAAUGGGAACAGCAUUUGAAUUCCGUCACAAAUGUUUUCUACAAGUUUCAAAGGUCAAGGCUGAAAUAAAGAUUUAUAACAGUUA